AGGAGGGUUCUUAACGAGAUUUGUUCUGUUGGAAUAUGCCGACAUGCGCCCUACUUUUUCGGAAAAUGCCGAUUUCUUGUCGGAAAAUGCUGAAAAUGAAGCGUCGGAAUUUUUCGGGCGCCGCUUCAUUUUCGGCAUUUUCCGAAGAGAAACUCCGAAAUGACUCCGAAAUGGGAGCACUCGAGUUGCACUGCAGUCGCCAGCACGCUGAGCACCCUCUCGCACUCCAGAUCUCGGGGACAGUCCCCAGGUGGCUUGCUUGUGUCGCCUGUAAGCUUGUAGACCAUGGAUGGUCACGGAAAGCGCUGUGGAUCUGCAGAUUUCGCGGAGCAAAGGCGGCGAAAGCGUCGCAGCCUGGAGAUGAACCCGCUUUCCGUGAUGCGGGCGAUGGCUGCUGCGGUGGUUGUCGUGGUAGCAACCACGACAGCAGUAGCGCACGUCAUGGAUCAACCUGCUAUUCGGAGGCCGGUCUACGAGCCGCAGCGCCUGGACUGGGACGAGCAUGCGGAUGAUCUGGAGGAGCGUGAUUGCUUCAAGCGCAUGUACCGGAUGCCGAGGCACGCUUUCGAAAAACUCGCCGAGUUGCUCGCUCCUCUCCUCACGGUCAACAAGCACUUCGCUGAACUACGCACCCUCAACGGAGCUAUUUCUGUUCAGAUACGGUUGGCAGUCGCUUUACGGAUCCUCGCAGGAGCCUCAUAUCUCGACGUGGCGGUGAUGUUCGGUUUGGGUCUUCCCACGGUGUACGCGACCCUGUGGAUGGUUAUCGACGCGAUCAACAGCACACCAGAGGUCGGGGCGUUUUUCUUUCCGCAGACGGAGUUUGACUGCAGAGGACACGCUGCACGAUUCAAGCGCAAAAGUACGAACGGCAUCUUCUCCUUCUGUGUUGCGUGCGUCGAUGGCUUGUUCGUGAAGACCCUCGCACCCUCUCCGAAGGACACCGCAAACGUCAUCGCCUACUACUCGGGGCAGAAAUGUGCCUACGGCAUCAACGUGCAAGCGAUGUGCACCGCUGACUACCGGUUCUGCAGUAUGUCCGCUAUCACCCCUGGCGCGACGAACGACUGGGCGGCGUGGUUGCGCUCCAAACUUUCUCGUGCCGUCAACCGUCUCCCGAAGGGGUUCUACGUUUUGGGUGAUGCCGCCUACCCCUUGAGCGAGCAGUUGCUCACGCCGUACCCGGGCAAGAACCUGCCGCUCGGCGAGGAUUCGUUCAACUUCCAUCUCAGCCAGCUUCGCGUCAAGAUCGAGCAGAGCUUCGGCAUUCUUGUUGGGACUUGGGGGAUUCUUUGGCGCCCGCUGAAGGUUGACUUCGCCGGGCGCACCGACCUCAUCACCGCCCUCUUCCGCCUUCACAACUUUUUGCGGGAUGAACAGGUGACACCUGUCCACCUGUGCGACGAAGACGAGGAGUCCGGCCUUGGCCGCCCGGUGUUGUCCCGGCAAGGAACUCUACCCCCGGAGUGGCAGAGCGACUCGCCGAAGCCGUCGAGGAGCGGAGAGACUCCUACCCGAGCUGCGCUGCGCAACCUCCUGGUGGAGCU